UCUGAAACCACUCACUUAUAACACCAAAAGAAAAACAAAAGGCCAAGGAAAGAACAAUAUGGAAUUGCAAUGUCCAGCUAAGAAUUCAUGGCCAGAGUUGAUGGGAACAAAAGGGGAGAAAGCAGCAGAAAGAAUUGAAGAAGAAAACCCAAAUGUUCGUGCCAUUGUGGUUUUGGCUGGCACUGUGGUCACCAUGGAUUAUAGAUGCGAUCGAGUUUGGGUUUGGGUCAAUAAACAUGGCCUUGUCAUUCGAGUCCCAAGAAGAGGAUAACUAACUAAUAGACAGCCGAGAUCUAGUUCAAGUGAUAAAAUUAUAUGCUUUUUAAUAUAUUGUAUUUGAGUUUAAACUUUUUAGUAUUGGAGUGUAUACUAAAAAUUAGUUAUUUAUAUAAAAUCUGUAUUGAAAUAUAAAUUAUAAAUAA